AUGGAAGAGCACGGAGCAAACUUCUAUGAAGACGGAACGGGGAAAAUGGUCUCGAUGGCCGACUUCAACAUCUUCAUUACCCUGUGCACGGAGUGGAACCAUGCUCAUCCUGGUCAAGCUGAACAAGUGGUCUAUCAGUCUCCGUACGACCAAACCAUCCCCCAGCUCAAGAAGCUCACCACAGGUUACAUCGAUAUCAAUGGCAGGAUCCUCUUCGAUGGCUCAUCUGAGAAGCGCAUCUUGAUCUUGACCCUGAAGGCGACUUCCUUACACAGUGGAACGAGGAGUUCGAACCCAAGUACCCGAACCCGGCACCUAGGUUUCGGCUGA